AUGUAUGCAAAACAGUAUGAACCCAUUGAUGAUAAGAUAGAAGAAAAGCAUUAUUCAUUUAUCAAAAUAUUUAAUUGUGGUGAACGAUUUCUUGUUCAUAAGCUUGGUGGCAAUAUCCAAAGUCGUGUUGUUUAUUUUCUGAUGAAUAUUCAUGUUCUUCCAAGAACGAUCUAUCUCACUAGACAUGGUGAAUCGGAAAUAAAUGUUCAACAACGUAUUGGAGGUGAUUCACCAUUAUCAGCAGCUGGCAAAGCGUAUACAGAAGUUCUUGCUCAAUACAUUGCAAAUGAAAAUAUUACGGAUUUGAUUGUUUGGACAAGUGAAAGGCAACAAGCAAUUCAGACAGCAGAAAAAAUUAAUGCUCCCAAGGAGUCAUUGAAAGCUCUCAAUGGAAUCAAUGCUGGUAUAUUUGAAGGUUUGACCUAUCGAGAAGUAGCUGAACGUUAUCCUGAAGAGUUUGCUGCUCGUGAUCGAUCAAAAUACUACUAUCGAUAUCCAGGUGGAGAGUCUUAUCAUGAUCUUGUUGCUCGACUUGAACCAGUGAUCAUGGAAUUGGAAAGAGCAGAGAAUGUACUUGUUAUCUCUCAUGAAGCUGUGGCUCGUUGCAUUCUUGCUUAUUUUCUCGACAAAGAUCCUGAUUGUCUACCUUAUAUCAAAGUGCCAUUGCAUACUGUAAUUAAAUUGAUACCGACAGCCUAUGGCUGUAUUAUGGAACGCAUACCAUUAUCAGUUGAAGCUGUAAACACUUAUCGAAGUAGACCAAGGAAUUGUAGCCCUCAUCGACCAGUUGCCGUAGCACUUAAUGAAUUUCAAGAAGUACGUUUGGAACCCAAGAGGAGUCCAACGACACUUCAGAUCAUCUAUCAGAAUGAUGGUACAAGUAUUGAAACGACUGAUGCCAAAGGAAAUCGAACAAAACGUUUGGAUAGUAUAUUUGGUGAUAUUACAUUAAAUAAUGGCUUUCCAAUGGCUAACGAUAGUAAUAAGCAACAAUCUGACAUAUAA